AUGGGAAACGUUGGGAGCCGUCUGGAUGAUUCCGGGACCCUGUAUUUCAAGGAUCAGACUAGGUUUACGGUCGCGUCUGUGACAAUAACGAAUUCCCGGCGCCGGGUGCUUUUGAGCUUAGUCCCAAACGCUUACCCUGCUACCCGGUACACUGCCAAGCGCGACGUUGGUGAUGACUGCCCGAUUGAAUACGUACAGGACCCCGACCUUUCUUCCGCCGCCCCGGCGCCUACCUUUCUUUUGCGCCUGUCCAACGAGGAUGAAUUGAAUUUCCACUUCACGUUUAUACUCAGACAAACACAAACCGGAAACGUCGCAAGCUCUACCGUCAAUGGAGUCUCCACUUCUUUGCCUGAAGUGGCCGAUACGGUGCUCACCGGACUCACGUUUGCGCAUGCGCCCAACUCGAAGGAAUUAGACAAUCUGAUCACCAGAGAGUUCCAUGCCAAUCCAAAUUUACAGAAUAACUCCAACGUACAGUUUGUCGGGGAUUACUCGACAGGAGGCAACCCCUCCGUUCAGUUCGAUUGGUCUUGGAAAUGGAAGCCCCCGAAGACGGUGGAGGACAAGGGAGGCGGAUGGCGCAACAGCUGCAGUUUUCUGGACUAUGACCAGAGAGCUAACCGACUGAACACUCUCGCUCAUUUUUCGUUUUGGGUGCAGAAUUCGGUACGCGCGUUGCCGAGCCCGCAAAUACUGUCCCCCAACCUGGAACUCCUGGUCCCGCCCCGUGAUCGGGUACCCUCCUCCCACUCUAUCCUCACCCAUUCCAGUGAUGUAGACGUGGUGCCGAACCCCCAGAAUCCGCCCAGCACGCCACCGGAAAUGAGCGACUCGCCGAUCGCAGCACAGGCUUCCGCACCUCCUCCAGUCAAGGUUGACCUUCCACAUUCGCGGCCCGGUGAAGACAUGAGUGUUGUUGAAGAUGGCCCGCUUUUUCGGGCUACUAUGAAAGCAUUGGAGCAGAAGACAGGUAAUAUGCGCGCUAAAAUUAAGAAAGUGUUGAAGAAGGCGGAGGCGGCCCAACAGGCGCAGACCUCCUGCAACGACGCGGUGGAGGCUUUCUUAUCUGCCCUGAACGAUGCAUCAACGUCUAAUGCGAAUGCGAUCCAACCGGCGCUCGAUCAUUACUUUGAGAAAAUAGCGCGGCAGAUCUUAAAUUACGAGCGACUCAACACUCUGCAACUUCAAAAGCUUGUCAUCGAACCGCUGAUCAAGCUGUACCAUAAUGACAUCAAGCAAGCUGAAGCCAAAAAGAAAGAAUUCGAGGAGGAAAGUCGGGACUAUUAUGCCUACGUCAGCCGUUAUCUUGGACAGCGACAGGAUUCCUUGAAGGAGAAAAAACGAGCCGAAAGUGAUUCGAAGUAUCAAGCGAAAAGACGAACGUUCGAGCUGAAGCGCUUCGACUAUUCCUCGUUUAUGCAGGACUUGCACGGCGGCCGUAAAGAACAGGAAGUUCUCUCGCAUCUCACCAAAUUUGCAGAUACGCAAGCGAAGAGCUUCCUUGCGGCCGCUAAGAAGAUCGACGACAUGACGCCACAGUUGGAUGCUCUUAUCCACGAGGUUAGUCAGGCCGACAAAGAGUUUCAGUUUCAGAGAACCGAGAGGGAGGAAAAACGGCGCGCCUUGGAAAAGAGCAGCAACACUUACGUCGAGCCUGACUCUUUGACCGGCUCGACGGCAGCGCCGGUGCUGUCAGGCAAUGGCAAUGGCAAUGCCAACCAGAAAUCCGACGGCGAGCUGGGACGCGCGGAUAGCACAGGAUCUCAGCUGCGAAACGUCAUCAGCAACACUUCUUCACUAUCAUCACAGGCCAACCCCUCGAGCUUGAACCCUCCGGCAGGGCCGCCUUUAACGCCAUCCACUGGCUCAAGCGGCGCUGACCAUCUGAUAGGCCAACAAAGGAAAGAAGGCCUUCUCUGGGCAUUAUCACGGCCAGGGUCCCAUAUCGACCCCAAGGGCAUCAAUAAACAAGCCUGGCACAAGUUCUGGAUCGUGCUGGACCAAGGCAAACUGUCGGAGUAUAGCAAUUGGAAGCAAAAACUCGAUCUGCACAUGGAUCCGAUUGAUCUGCGGAUGGCCUCGGUGCGGGAAGCUCGGAAUGCAGAACGGCGGUUUUGUUUUGAGGUCAUCACCCCUCAGUAUAAACGCAUUUACCAAGCAACCUCCGAAGAGGACAUGAACAACUGGAUCCGCGCCAUUAACAACGCCUUGCAAAGCGCCGUUGAAGGCCGGGGCAUGUCCUCGCCCCCUCUUUCCGCCGACAACGAUGGGUCACCUGGCGGCCGUGACAUUGGCUCCGUCUUGACGGGCAAAAGCUCCUCGUAUUCAGGGCAGCAUGCCACGUCGACGAGCUCUAGUAACAGCGUGACUCGCCGCACCACGGUCGGGGCUCGGCCCAGUUACGUCCGUGAUAGUCAUAGUUUCGAGGAAAACCCUUCCAAGCUGCUUCAGACGGUUCGGGAUGCCGACCAAGGCAAUAAUUGGUGUGCCGAUUGCGGAUCUACAUCGAAGGUUGAAUGGGUCUCCAUCAAUCUGGGGAUCGUCUUGUGCAUCGAAUGCAGUGGCAUCCAUCGGUCUCUUGGGACUCAUAUCUCCAAAAUCCGAUCCCUUACGCUGGACGUCAACUCCUUCUCCAACGACAUCGUUGAGAUCCUUUUGCAAAUCGGCAACCGGGUGAGUAACAUGGUCUGGGAGGCGACCUUGGAUCAAUCUCUGAAGCCCAUGGAGACGUCGACUCGCGAACAGCGGCUCAAGUUCAUCACGGCCAAAUAUAGCGAGCGAGCUUACGUGCAGCAGCUGCCCUCCCCGCUAUCACGCUUUGCUACGCCGGACGAAUCGCUUCUUGCCUCUAUCAAACGGAAUGAUAUCCAGGGGGUGCUCUAUGGAAUCGCGCUUCGCGCCAACGUGAACAUCACGGAUCGCUCUCGUAAUACGCAUGCGGUUUUCCUGGCUCUGGCAGCCGCGGAUCCGGCGUCCCCCGGGUCGAGUUCCUCAAGUCUUCCGCCAAGACCAAGCACCGCGACUUCCGUCAAGAUCAUCCCGUUUCCGAUUGCCGAGCUUCUUGUCCAGAAUGGGGCCGAGAUACCCUCUCAGCCGCCCCCGAUCCCUCUUUCCUCGGCAGCUCAACUGUACCUCAAUCAGCGGACCGCACGAGUGCCUGCGUUGGGCGUCCCCCCUAGCCAGUCUUCAUCUGGAAAAUCAAGCGGGGAUACCUUGGGCACCCUUCCCAGUCUACGGGGAGGGGGGAGUGAUACCGUGUCAUCAUCCCAGGGACCGAGUUCCCUGGAUAGCAAGGAACGCGAAAAGCUCCAGAAGAGAGGCAGCGCGGGUGCCAGAUUUGCCGGCAAGGUCGCGUCUCUGGGCAUCGAUCGAUGA